GGUGACCAAUGAUGUUGGUCUUACAACCCCACCGCACAUCUAUCUAUCUACGUCCCUAACUCCUUACCUACCUACCUAUAACUAUCUUUCAUCUACCCUUCAUAUCCAAACAAAUAAAAAGCAACCCUUAUCCCCAUCCAUAUCACCAUGUCAACAGCCCAAGACCCCGCAUUCCACCUCUUCCCCAACCUCCCCACCGAACUCCGCCUCCUGAUCUGGCGUUUCUGUCUCCCAAACCGAGUCAUCGAACUGGACCAUCCCCACCCAGAUCCAAUCUUCGACUUCAAGCGUCCGGCACCAUGUACUUUGGCUAAAACCACAGUUCUGAACAAUCGUCCUCCACUAAUCGCGGGGGUAUGUCAUGAAGCGCGUACCGUCGCUUCCGAGUCCAGUUUGAGUAUCAAUCUAUCCACCCAACCAGACUCCUCUUGCAAUGAAUCCCAUCCUUCGACAGGGCAGGGACACGACAUAAACGGGGAAGCAGAAGAAGACAUACCCAUCCAUCUCAACCCCCACCACGACGUCGUACAUCUCCACCACGAACCCGUCUACGAAUCCGACCAAAGCGCCGGGAACCCGCUACGACACAUCAUAUCCAUCGCAACACAAACGACCCCAAACCAAGCCUCCCUAAGCCUCGGCCUCCUCUUAGUCGGCCGCACACAGGACUGGCCCCAACUCCCAUUCCUCCUAUCCCAACGCCCAUGGUGGCUCGUCGUAAUCCACGUAGUCCCUAUCCACAUGUCCCUGCACGCCGGUUCCUUAACCGGUUUAUUCGGAUUACUAGGCGAUGCGCCCGUACAAAUCGUGGAUUUACGGGAUAAACAUCGACUCGGUGCUUAUUACGACUUGGCCGCGGUGACUCAGCACAGAAGGGGAGAUGGAGAACUCACGGUUGAGGAUGAGAAGUUAGUCAUGAUGGUCGAUGUAGAGACGAAGAGGUGUAGGUCAGAAAGCGCGGUGAGGUGGAUUUAUAAACUUGCGGCGGAACCGGCACCGGCGAUGUAUCCAGCUAUUAUGUUUAGACUAUGCCCUGAAGAGUGCGAUCGAUUGGGUGAAUAGGGCCGUCCAGACUGUGAGGCGUGGUUUUCAUUCCCAGUUAAACACCAUUCUUACGAUAAAAAAAAUAUAAAUCAGCUGAAGUCAACACGUCUUCGAUAAAUUCAUCGCCAUAUUUUCCUCCAAACCUAUCCAUAGGUCAAGUAAAUACACCACUACCCAGCCAUCUAGCCCAGUUAAGGGGGCCAGAGGUCAAUCCCGAGUUUUAUGUAGUUGAAUAUAUCGCCGAAAUGGCA